UUGCACCACCCCAGGCUGCUACUUCGCUGAACUUUCCGGGGGCUGGGGGGGCGGGAGGGGGGUGCUGCUGGCCCCAGGAUCUUGCUGCUGCUGCUGCUGCUUCAUCCUCCUCCAGGCUGCAGCAUUGCAACCCCCCUGCCCCCGCCCCUUCCCCCCCAAAAAGGGUUUGAUCUUCGGGGGGUGGGGGGAGAGCGGCUGCAGCCGGCGAAGUUCCCGUGUGGCUCGGAAGGGGCGAGGCGGGGACGGGGGGUGGGGACCAUGCCCCAGCUCAGCAGCGGCGGAGGGGAUGACCUGGGGGCCAAUGACGAGAUGAUCGCCUUUAAGGACGAAGGGGAGCAAGAGGAGAAGAUCCAGGAAAACGCCUUCACCGAGCGCGAUCUGGCCGACCUCAAAUCCUCGCUGGUGAACGAGUCGGAGAGCAACAGUAGCCCCGCUGCCGCGGCGGCCGAUCCGGAGGCGAUCAGGCGUGUGCAAGAUCCACAAAGGGUUUAUCAGGAGAAACUCCCGGAUCACAUGGAAGAUGGUAUAAAGCAUCAGGACACGGGGAUGUACAAAGGAUCUGCUUAUUCUGGCUACCCUUUUCUAAUGCUCUCAGACCCUUAUCUGCCAAAUGGAUCUAUGUCACCUUUGUCCAACAAGGUUCCUGUAGUGCAGCCGUCCCACGGAGUCCAUCCACUCACCCCACUCAUUCCAUACAGCAACGAACAUUUCAGCCAUGGCUCCCACUCACCACACCUGCCAGCCGACAUCAACCAGAAACAAGGUGUGCACCGUCCUUCCCAAACAUCGGAUAUCCCUGGUUUCUACUCCCUCCCUCCCGGCGGGGUUGGACAGAUAACACCUUCUAUGGGAUGGCAGAGCCAGUCUGUCUAUCCGCUCCCGUCAUGUGGAUUUAGACAGCCGUAUUCGUCAGCGCUCUCUGCUGGGGCUACUUUCUCCAGGUUUACACAUCCCCUGAUGCUGAGCUCUGGAAUGCAUACCACUGGAAUCCCUCAUCCAGCCAUAGUACCCCAUUCCGGGAAGCAAGAAAUGGAUCAUUACGACCGGACCAUGAAACCCCAGCCAGAACCAAAGAGAGAGAAGGAAGCCAAGAAGCCCACUAUCAAGAAGCCCCUGAAUGCUUUCAUGUUGUAUAUGAAAGAAAUGCGGGCAAAAGUCAUUGCUGAGUGCACUCUGAAAGAAAGUGCAGCUAUCAAUCAGAUUUUAGGAAGGAGGUGGCACGCACUGUCACGGGAGGAGCAGGCCAAGUACUAUGAACUGGCUCGGAAGGAACGGCAGCUUCACAUGCAGCUCUACCCAGGCUGGUCUGCUAGAGAUAACUAUUCUUCAGGCUCUUCAGCCCGUGAACACACUCAGUUAUACUCAGGGCCCCUGGAAUUCUGCGGCACUUCAGGGCCAGUUUCUGCGGCAAGGGGAAAAAAGAAAAGACGAGCAAGAGAAAAGCAGCAAGACUCCAAUUCAGAUCCCGCCUCUCCUAAGAAAUGCAGAGCUCGCUUUGGCCUCAACCAACAAACGGACUGGUGCGGCCCAUGCAGGAGGAAAAAGAAGUGCAUUCGGUACUUACAAGGAGAAGGACCCUGUUCCAGCCCAGUUUCUUCCGAUGGAAGUGCUAUAGACUCCCCUCCCUCUCCUCUGGAUACACUCCAAUGCAUAUCCUCUGCUUUUACUUCAGACAAGCUUGCUACACCUGCUGAUUUCGCACACAAAGAACAACGCAAUCCUUUCCCCACCUCUAUUCAUGUCAAAAGCGCUCCAUGCUCCUCUGGACUGACCACUCACUGCUCAUCCACGCCACAUGUGUCAGUAGCAUCCAGCGACUCCUCAAAGUACAGUGUGCCAUCAACAGGAACAUAGGACCACAUUGUACAAGUCAACACUUACUAAUGCAUGGGGCACUUUGCUUUUACCAAGUGGUUUUGCUGCCCAUUGAAAUGGACUGGAGGCUCAUCCAAAUUACCCAUCAUGCUGUAAAACUGUGUUUUCAAAGUCAAGGGACAGCUGUGUCCUGAGCCCCCAACUGAUUCAAAGAUGCUGGAAUAGUCAACGUUUUUAUCUAGAGCAAAGAUAGAAAAAUGGUGUCUCCCUCCAUAAAAAGGGUGAAAUGAGGACUCGCCAAAAUUAAAAAUGCCAAUCAGUAAACAAAUCUUUCAUCCCCACCCUGCGCUUCCUUUUACUGCAUCAUCUGCUCAAGUAGAUGAAAGUGAAAGCUAACUCCCGGGCUUGUUGCAUUAGAUGGUAGAGGCUAUAAAUCUUAAGCAUUGGUUUCUGUUUCUUGCAUCCCAAACAGCUUUGAAUCAUAGUCAGUCACAGAUCUCUGGCAGCUAUUUCACCAUGGAGUUAGGAAAGCCCGUCUCUGUCUGAGAGCUAAAUGUUGGGAAGCUAGAUUUCACUCUGACUGGCUUAUAAGAAAAAAGUGAAAUAUAGGCAAAUAUUAUUAAACUUCUUGUUCGAGGACAAGAAAUUAUUGGUUACAGGUAACAGGUCUUUGCAGACAUGUCAAGUUCUCUUAGCAUACACAAUGGCAGACAAACAGUGAGAGCACUCAAGGCAGAAAAGGAAGCUUGGACUGGCUGCUUGAAGGUCUAUCUAGCCAAUGUUUCAUUGUUAUAGAGCUAAAAUACAAUAGUAACAUGUCAGUCAGGUGCAGAGUCCUCCUUGCUGCUCAAGUUCUUCACAGUAAACACUGGAGAAUCAGACCCCUUCAAUAGAGGACCUUGCAAGGCUCAAAGUAGACCCCAUUUGCCAUUAAGGCCUUGAUCCUACAAGUUCUGGCACAAUAGCUGCAGCAGGGUCCAUGAGAUUAUUAAGAAUCAGCCCAAGUGUAAAUAGAGGCUAUAUGUAAGGUCAAAGCAUGGCUUGCUGCACAGAGCUGAUGUAACUCUCAAGCCCCUGUGCACUCGUUGCCUUACUCUUACAAACCCAGAGUAGGGUUAACAGGGGAUGUUCAUCACAUUAAUGAGGUGCUUACCUCCACUCUUCCCUUUUCAGCCUUUCUCCCCUUGGAGGCAGGGAUUUUGAAGCAGAACACAGUCCCUGCUGCAGGGUUUUGCUCCCCAUCCCCUUUAACCUCAGGUGUCACUCUGCAGUGCAAGAUCAAGCUCUCAGUGUGGUUAUAAGUGAAAUGAGCUGGUAUACAGCUUCGACUAGCUAGUUACACUGUAGAUUUUACAAUGCAAAUGAUUUCCUCUCUGCUCCCUUUCCCAUCUAGUGGCUGUCAAACAUUAAUACAGUCUCUCUCUCGCUCAAGUGUCUAGGGAUUUCCGAUAUUUUAUUUAUAUUUUGAGCCUGGUAAACAAAAAACCUUUAGGGGCCAGAUUCUGAUCUCAGCUCCACUGAUGUAAAUCCAGAGUUAUUCCACAAAAGUAACUGGCAUGACUCCAGAUUUACACCAUUGUAAUUAAGAUCAGAAUCCAGACCCUUGUGGGUUUUUUCCUGCUUUAUAAAAAACCUAUUCUAGAGCAGUGAUUCUCAAACUUUCGUACUGGUGACCCCUUUCACAUCGCAAGCCUCGGAGUGUGAUCCCCCUUAUAAAUUAAAAACUUUUUAAAUAUAUUUAACACCAUUAUAAAUACUGGAGGCAAAGUGGGGUUUUGGGUGGAGGCUGACAGCUCAUGACUCCCCCCCCCCCCAAUAAUAACCUCAUAGGCCCCAGAGGGCUCCCAACCCCCAGUUUGAGAACCCUUGUUAUAGAGUGAAGAGAAAGUACCAUAAAACAUGGGGGAGGGGGGGAGGGGGAGGAGGGAAGAGAAGAGGAGGAGAGACUUUUUUUUUUAAUUAUACACGAUAGGAUUUAGAAUACUGAAUACAAACUUAAACUAGUAGUAUAUAGGCUUGCAAGAAAUUUAAAAGGACCUUUAAUAGACAAACUAUUUUUGUAUUUUUUUCUUAAGGCAACAAAACCUUUUUUUACAUAUGUUUAUUCCAACUCAUUAAUAGGUUUCUAUAUCAGAGACUGAAGAUCAGAAAGCUGCUUAUAGUGUAGAGCUCUAUAGUGAUUGGUUCCCUCCACCCCAUUUAGUUCCUGUUGCUUCAAGCUGCUGUAGAUUUUGGGGGGGGAGGGGAGGGGACCAUGCAAAUUCUUUACAAGAAAAUCUAACAUGGUUGCUUUAUUAAUCUCCAUUCUCUGUACAACUGUAACCUCCAUUAGUACUAAUGGAAGUUACUCUAAAAGAGCUUAUUUAACCCUCAGACCACUGGCAUUGUCUAAACUGCCACACAUAUAUACAUAAAAGCAUAUGCUGACAGUCACCACAGCAUUAAUGGUGUAGCACUGGUUCAAUAUUUGAACUAGUAGCAUUUGAAUGAUUUCCAACCAAUGUGGAAGACAGCAUGGCCAAGUCGUUAAAGCUGAGGUAGGUGUCUAUUUGCAGCUUAACCACUGACUGUGACCUUACGCAAGUCUCUUCACCACUCUGUGCCUCAGUUUCCCUAUUUGUAAAAUGAGAAUGCUAAUAUUUUUUCAAGCACCUUGAGAUUCUCAGAUGUAAGGUGCUGUGGACGUGACAAGUAGUAGUAAUAAUAUUAAAGCCACAAUAUAUGGUUCAGCUAUAGCAUGGGUUAGUGGUUGGAUAGGUUAGUCAAAAAAAAUUGGGUGUGACAAGUGAAACUUGCAUCUACUAUAGUUGUGCAAAACAAAUGUAACCUACUCCCUCAGCAGACACGAGAGGCGAGUACAAAUGGACAAACAGAGGUGGCUAGCUAACAGCCCAGGAUGCUAUUGGGGAAAGUCCUGCUGUAUGUAACUAGCACCCUUUGACCAAGGGCCAAACUCAAUGCUGGAGUAAACAGACAUCACUACCAUUGACUUCAGCAUUCAGUGGAAGUUGCACCCACUUAGUCUAAUGCUAAUUGGGACCCCAGAAGUGCAUGGCAGCAUCUGGCAUAGUACAGAAAUGCACUCCCAAUUGGGAAGGGCCUGAUAUCAGUCUACUCUUAGUUGAUUUCCAUUUCCCACUGUUGCAGGAUCUGCUUGGUGGCACUCUGGCUAACACCCCCUAUUCCUCCUACAGCUUUUCCUCUUCCCCCCCAAAGUAGGCAAGUGAUGUUUGCAUAGUUCUGGAAGCAGGAUUAGAUCCCUCUGCAACUUACACCCAUGUUCUGACUGAUGUACACUAUCACUAAACGUAGCCCUUAACCUCUAGCCUUCUUCUGACUUUAAAGCAAGGCAAAUUAUAUUUUGCAUAGAUGUGCACAUUCAGCUUUUGACCCUAUCCUCUGCUCUCAGACAGCAGGGUGGAGGGCUGUAACUCCAACUUACACACACCAGUGUAACAGAGCAGACUUUGUUUAUUAUUCAAAACAUGCAAGGAGACCUUGAAGCUGCCCAUUCCAAGGAAAAAUAUUGAGUAAACGUUAUCACCUUUUACAAUAUGCCACAGGAAGCCAAAACACAGAUCCUAAGUUUUUUAAAUACCAAAAAAAAAACAAAAAAAGUCUUUAGCUAUGCUAUAGGAAGUUUUACUUUUUUAAAAAAGAAAACCUUGCCUGUAAAUUUUUACUGCAGCAAGAUUUAGUUCUCAUAUGACAAUUUCAAUUUUUUUUAAAUUACCCAUUUGAUUUCCUGUUUGAAUGUAGAAGUCACAGAAAUACCACUUCAUUAAGUCAAGUAAAACCACUGUAUGUAUGUAGCACGGAUAAGUGUUUUGCAGCUGUACUUUCAUUUGUCCAAUAACUAUCCAUCAUAUACUGUAAUUUUUUUUUUUACUUCACUGAGUUUGUAUUUUUUGGCUUUUAUGUUCAAAAUAUGUUUAUAAAUAAAGAAGUGUGCCAGCCUGGCCCUUCAAAAAGGGCCACUGGAGGUUAUAAUCCUAUAAAAUCAUAUGAUAUGAUCUCAUUUCUUACUAUUUUAAAGAUUCCUGUGUUUCCUCCCCACCUGUAGGCAGCAGGGCUUUUUAGACUAUUGCGUGUAGCUAACUGAGUAUAUGAAUGACAAAGAAAUCUGCUGCUUCAGUUACUAGCAUUCUCCAUAUCACCAAUCCUCUUUUCCAUGCACAAGGGCCUAGUUCAGUCACCCUUUGCACUGGCUCAGCUAACAGCUGUAUCUGUUACUGAACAUGUCAAGGGGAAAAAGCCAAACAGAAAAGAACAUGAGCACAGCUCAGAGGGGACAGAAGCAGCCUCAUUUCUUUUUAAGCAUUUUGAAAUGAAUGUAGUGCUGAUAAAAGAUGCCCAUUUAUUCACAUCACUGACAGAAGCCUGGGCUACCGCCUCCUGUAUUCUACUCAACACAUGCUAUGUCCCAAUAACCUAGAACUACCACCUUUAUAUGUGAGGGGAGCUCCUGCUCCACCUCCUUACACAGCUGACUGAUCUGAGCAGUCCAGUAUGUCACUGUAGUCCCAUAUCCUCCCCCCUGCAACAGUCAAAAACCUAGAUGCUUUAAAGAAAGGCGUAAGAAUUCUGCAAUAGGCAGCUAUAAAAUAUGCACUAUCCCUACCCGCUCCCCUGGAUCUCAUCCUGCUCUCUAGUAGACUGGCUUUAGCUCUCAAACAUGAGCCUUAGUCUUUCUUCCAAAGCUUUCCCCCUUCAUUAGUUAGGACAACCCUGGCUAUUCUUGAUAUCCAUAGAAACCGCCAAUCCCUUUUUGACUCUGGUUAAGUUCACCCUACCUUAUCUGCUGAAAGUAAGACAACUAAUAUUUCACAGGCUCCUACUGCCCUCGGCUGGUUUUGAACUGGCACUGCAGAAGCUGAAGCCUGUAGUCCUGUAAUAACUCCUGAGCCAAUCAGUUCCCCAGAGACACAUUUCUAAUGCACACUUAUAAAGGAAGAUGUGUAAAGGCUAAAGGAUGAGCUGUUGGAUUUAAAUCAGGUUAAAACUGGAAGAGUUGAGAUAUUAGAUUACAGUAUCUGAUUAGCAACAGCUGAUUAGCUGAAAGUUUGGGGGGCCAGAGGAACCACUAAUCCAAAACUACCUUGACUUGUGCUGGGGGUGGGAUGGGCAGGGUUCUUUUCUCCAGCUCACCCAAACAGGAACACAGUAGGAUACAGAGCAAGUGUUUUUUGGGCAGUAGAUUAGGGCCCCGGCUAAAGCCUGAAGAGUUGCUCCCCUAAACAGAGGCAUAAUCAGCUAUUUUGAUGGAGCAGCCCCACCCCCACACUUCUAGUUUUCAGAAUUAGCGUAAGGAGUACCAGGGAGCAUACUUCCUACCUUAGUCCCUUUAACUAGGCCUGUUCUCCAAAGACCUCCACACAGCACUUAUCACAUUGCUUCUCCCUUCACACACAGCUCAGAGGCACAAAGACUAAGUUUUACCUAUGCUCCUCUCCCCAGCAGGGUGGGUGGUCUUUAGCACACAGAUUUCUAUUGACAGUGCCUCAAAUCAAGGGCACCCAUAAACUCCCCUCUGUAGCUUUGCUACUUGAACUCACUUAAGGCAGCAAGUAGCAUUUUAAGAGGGCGUGUUCUGCUUUGAAGAAAAAAUAAAAAAAUCACACUACUUUCCCCAAACUUUGGUACAGGCACAGCAUUUUUUAUUUAUUCUUUAAAACACUAGACUAGUUAGAAUAUCAGCUCAUUGCUCCAAGUGGCAUUUUAGACUAGAGAGAGUUAUUCUGAGGUCACAAGAAUCCUGCAAAUGAACAAACAUCUUGGAUUAUCAAACCAUCCAUUGAAGAUCAGCAAUUCUCACACCAGAGGAGACACCGCUUCUCAGGUGCAUUACCUACAGUUAGGACAAUUCAAUACAUAUUCUUUAGUCUGCCCCCCCCCCCCCCCACUUUUCCACUUGUGCCAUGUGGCACUACACAUCUGCCUCCUCCCCAUCCUAAACUCUGACACAGUCCUCACUUUAUGGUACAGCUGAGCAUUGAUACCCGCCAAGCCUAGGUCAGGACGUACUGGCAGAUAGCAAGAGUGCAGCUGAGCUGCAUAUAGGUUUGCCUCUCAUCUUCUAACGAUGCCUUAUGACAUGGGAAGGGAACAUUUAACGAGAGAGAGGUGAACUGCUCCCGAUUCGUAGGACUGCAGUGUCUCUUCCACCCACUAAAAAGAAGAAUCAGUUUGAAGUUGGGUAUAUCGCAUCACUUUUUGUGGUGGCCAACCCUUGUCUCAGGGGAUAAACUUUCUGAGUGUAAGCCCUUUGUUGCUGAAUGCAACAUAAAACAAAGCCUAAAAACAAGUUCAUCUUGAUACCUGUGUUAAGGAAAGAAUUGAACAUCAAAGGAUCCAGGACCUUGCUUUAAUAUUAGUCUUCGAAACAGGAUUAACUUACUCCACUAACCAUAGCACUGGGUCUCAUUUUCUUUCCUAAAGAGUAUACUGUUUCCUACAGAAGAUUUUUGGUGUUAACAUGUCUAAGAUUAACUGCAUUGCUUGCAUAGAAGAGGCCCCAUGCGUCAUCAAGAGCAUUUAUUUUUGGUAGCAUUAGGAUGCUCCAAUGAUGCUACCAUUAAACUGAACCGAGGACCCAUUAUCCAGCAACCCCUCUUGAGAUGCUUUGGCAGGCUGGAGGAAGCCAGUUAAGGGAUGGAUGGAGAGCAAGUUUGCUUGGGUGCUACAGCAGUGGCUCGCCAACUUUUCAUGCUGUUGACCAUCUCUUAAUAGCUAUCCCCAACUCUCCAUUGUUUGUCACUCAGUUCCAUGGACUGUAGUCGGAGAAACUGUUUAUAGUGCAAACUGCCAGUCAGUCAACACAGAGUCAGAUGUUAAAAUGUUCUCUACAUAGAUUGUUUAUGCAGCAGCUACAUGGAAGUUUACCAGCAACUUCAAGUUUUAAUGUUUAGCAAGACGUGUGCUAUUCACUGAGUGUUCUAGAGGCUGUCAAGUUGCUCGUUAAAUUAACUAGAUUUUUCUAACACAAUGGUCAUUAACCCUUUAACACCACUUAGUGCAACACCAUGACCUUUAAAAUGAAGAUAAGUAUAUUUAUUAAGGUUAAUUCUAGUCUAAGGUUUAUACAGAAAAUGGAAUGCAAUAAGCUAAGAUCACACCUCAAAUGUUUAGUACACAUCCAUCUCCUUCUCCCUAUAAGGGAACCGUAAAAGUCAGAAAACCAGUUACUGUUUAACUAGUUGCAAGUGGCUUUGUCCAAAAGAAGUCACACUAGAUACAGCGUUAGCUUUGUUUUGUAUGCAAUAAUGAAGAAUCUACAAGCUGUGAUUGUGUACAGUACAUAGGUGAAAUAUUUCUUGCAGACACAUGAAGCCAUGUUUCAUAAAGCUACAUCACAAGCGGGUUUAGAAUUGCCUAAAGCCAGCUACUAAUGACAUGCUGGAUCAGUAAGUUUAACUUUGGUAAAGUCAGUCAUUUUUGGUCAAACUGGGAAUUAGCUUUUCCUAUUAAAAUUCAUAACUCUCCUGUGCCUACAGCAGUUCAGAUUUUGCUUUGUACCAGCUAGAGGCAGGUCUUAAGAUACAUGGCUAAAAAGAGUUUCAGGUUAACUGUAACUAGCUUACCCAGUUUUUGGGAAACCCACAUUUGUGCUAGGGCUUAUUUUCUGCAGGCAAAACUGAAACAGGGUUAGAAAGUACUAGCCACUGAAGAGAUUUUGUAAUUUCUAAGUAUUUGCCUGUGACCAACUAAGAACUGUGUCAAGUACUAACUUACUCCAAGGGUAAUAAUCCUUCAUAUUUAGAAGUUUGGAGGAAAUUCAACAACUCUUCACUCAGCCUGGUUCCCCAAGAAACCCUUUGUUCUUUGAAUAAAAAUAUGCUUUGUUAAUUCUAUUUCAGAAAACAUUUGCAAGUGGUUUUAUUUACAGUGGAGUUUAAAUGCUUAUCUAAAUUCUGACAUCUCAAGAGAACAUUGUAACUGGACAUGGACAGUUAAGAGUAAUGAACAGGAUGGCCUGAAGUGCUAUUUCCAUACAGAAUCCACGCUUAGUUCAGUUUUAUUCUUUGCAGGGUAAAGUAAAAAGACAUCUGAUUACACUGGUAAAAACUCAACCAUAGGAUUUAAA